GAGGUGGUGAGUCCUCCGUGUGAGAGGGCCGGUGGCUGGGCAGAGAGUUCUGGAAGCCACCAGAGACCGUCCAGAGGCAUGUCCAGAGGGCCCAUCAAAAAACCAGUGGGGAGAAGGUCAGCAUCUGCCUCAGCCUGACCUUGAUUAGCCGUUCCCUGGGCUCAGAGAGCCAAGCCAUGCCCAAGUGCUCCCUGGAGGACGAGCUGUCUAGGCCCCCACAUCAUGAACAGCACCCCAGGAGACAUGAGAGAUGCUCCUGCACCAAGCCACCCUGCACCAAGCCACCGGCAGUGUCUCCUGCCCUCCGUGGCUCACACUCCCUCCGUUACUGAGGUGACACCGGCCAAGAAGAUAACCUUCCUCAAGAGAGGAGAUCCCCAGUUUGCUGGGGUUCGCCUGGCUGUUCACCAGCGCACCUUCAAGACCUUCAGCUCCCUAAUGGAUGAGCUGUCUCAGCGCAUGCCUCUUUCCUUUGGGGUGCGUUCUGUCACCACACCCCAGGGCUUGCAUGACCUCAGUGCCCUGGAGCAGCUGCAAGAUGGGGGCUGCUACCUCUGCUCUGAUAGGAAGCCCCCCAAAACUCAUAGAGAGCCAGGCCGGCUUCAACGGAAAAGCCCCUCUGCUGGGCAGUCACAGGUUUUCCAAGGUGGGCAUGAAGCUCCAGAAACAUCCUAUUCCUGGAAAGGUCCCGUGGCCCCAAGGAGGAUGACUCUGGUGAAGAACGGGGAUCCUAGAUGCCAGCAGACAGUGGUUCUCAGUCACAAGAACACCAGGAGUCUGGCAGCUUUCCUCGGCAAGGCCUCUGAGCUUCUGCGCUUUCCUGUCAAGCAGGUGUACACCAGCCGGGGGAAGAAGGUGGACUCUCUGCAGACACUCCUUGAUGGCCCCUCUGUGCUGGUAUGUGCUGGGAACGAGGCCUUCAGAUGUCUGGAGAUGGAAAAUGACAGAGGAAACAGGACCAGAAAGUUAUCUGGUGUGACUGCGAGGAGUGAACGUGGUUGCUGGGGACCUAACGCCAAGCAAAGUGUCAUACACUCAAGGGGCAGGUCUGGUGGCAAGCUGCGGCAGGUUUCCUUGACGUCAGAGAGGUCUGGUCUCAGUGACCAUCCAGCAUCCGGUCAUCAAGCCUGGGCAGGCCCUGCUUUGGACAGGUGCCCUCAGGACAUGCCUGUCCCACCUGGUUCCUUGGUGGCUGCUGAUGAUGUGGAGAAGAAGGUCUGCAUGAAUGAGGACGGCAGUCUGUCUGUGGAAAUGAAAGUCCGCUUCCAACUUCUGGGCGAGGACACCCUGCGGUGGUCCCAAAGGGUGGGGCAGGCCAGUGUCUUCACAGCAGCCAGUGGAAAGGAUCAGGACCCGAGGGAGGCUGACAGGUUCUGUUGCAGACAGGAGGGCUACCCUUGGGGCAUCUUAAAGCCUGGGGCACAGGGACUGGGUUCCUAUGAUGGAGGAUGCCAGGAAGCCUUUGAUGUGGGCCAACAGUCACAGCCCAGCUAUGACAUAUGGAAGAACCCCCUGACCACCCCUGAGGGCACAGGACCAACCCCUCGAAGGAGAUGGGGUCUGGCUAAGCUCUCUGGAUGCAAGAGCCACUGGAGACAGAAGGCCAAUCAUAGGAAAGGGCAUGACAAGGAUAAUGCCAGCCGAGUCUCAACUCCCAGGCACCCUAGAAGUGUCCAGCCAGGCUCCUGCUGUCCUUGGACUCCAGACAGCGAUACAGGCAGUGACACCUUGCAUCCAGUCUCCUCAGCUUCUUCCCACAGUGAGACUGACCUGGAAUCUGGUGAAGGCCUCUGCCUAGAGGACACAGGACCCCAUGGCUCGAGACCCGAGACCCAAAGUACAGAAAGGGCCCUGUCUGAUACAUCAAGUGCCAAGUCUCGUGAGGAGUCUAGUGAAGGUGGUGGUCAGCUCCACAGAGGCUCAAGCCAGGCAAGGGUCAUGGCUUCCCGGGAGCAAGUCACCAAGGGUGACAACCCCUGUAUUUCCACCCAGAGUCACUUACCUUUGAAUCACACGGGUCUUCAGACAGAGAAGUAUAGACAGGGCACGAGGGGUCAGGAGAUCAGAGGAGAGCCUGAACUGAGACUGCCCCUGGUUCCAAGCCAUUCUGGCUCUCAGGACACACAGAGAGAUGCUCUCCCAGCUCCUGCCUGUGCCCCAGCCCAAUGGAGGCAGAGAAAGCAGAAGAGGCCAGCUAGUGUUGUGUGUUUGCCCAGUGUCUCUGUCCCUUACCAAGUGGCUCAGAAAGGCCAUGCCAGGCAGGAUCACUAUUGCAGGGACACUCAAUCCUCACUGGACACAGCAUUGCAAAUGCCAAUGCCUCAGGAAAGAGAACAGGCCUGCCCAGGAAGCCCAGCACCACAAUCUCCUUCAAAUUCACCCAGUGCUGGGAAUCAAGCCUCUGAGGAUCUGAGAUCCCCAUUCUCUAGUUCUCUUGAUCUUCAGGAACCACAAGCCACCAGCAAAGCCACCACCAUCGCCGUGAGUGGCUCAGACUGUGUCUGCCACAGCACUCACUCUGUGGAGCCAGCAGGGGACACCAAGUGCCAGGCUCACUCAUCAACUCCCACACCUGCCCACAGGGGAGAGCUUGGUUGCCUGUGGGACAAGGCAGGGACCACCCCUGAGCCUUUCUCAUCCUCUGUGCUACUGGACAGAUGCUCUGAGGCAGAAGAUCCAAGAACCUACCACGAUUGCUGCUGCUUACAGGCUGCGCCAUCUUCUCCCCUUGCAGCCCCCAGUGGUCAGACACAAGCCUCCAUCUCUGAGGCCUGCUUAGGGGGCAGUAGUUUCUGCCCAACUCCACCCAAGGAGCAAACAUGCUUUGGGAGGGAGUCUGCAAGCAACGGUAGCACCAGCAGCGGUCACAGUCGAGCGGAUGGCUUUGCCAGGCCCAGGAGGACUCUGCUGGUGAAGUCCCCCGGUGUCAGGAGUAGCCUUGAGGAGCGGGAAGCAGAUGGUGGUGUGACGCCGAGUGCUCUGCCUUACGCCUCUCCAGAUGCUGUGGUUCGUGAGUGGCUAGGCAACAUCCCAGAAAAGCCGGUACUCAUGACGUAUGAGAUGGCAGAUGAGAACACAGAGGUGCCCAGUGAUGGCUCAGAAGGUCCCAAGGAGGACCCGGGUGAUAGCUGCUCUUUGAGAGUCCUGGGGGAACCAUCUCAGGUCAAACAGCAGCCCCCGGAAGGGGCUACCGAUGAGCACCCAGAGCCAGCGGGAGUCCUCUCAGGACCUGGCUCUGUGUGCUGCAGACUGGGAAGUGAUCUGCAUCCAGAUACAACAUCAGGUGAAAGGCUCAAGGCCCCUGCAGAAGCUGGACUAGGAGAAGGGACCAGAGUGGACCAUGGUGUAAGUCUAUGUGCACUCCCCACUAGGGUCGCAGCCUCUACACAGAUCAUGAAGGCCCUGCUGGGCUCCAAGCCAGGCAGGCCCAGCAGUCUACCAGAGGUCUCUAGCACAGUAGCCCAGAGGCUCAGUAGCUCUGCUGGGGCCUUCAUUGCCUGCCUUGCCAGGCUCCAUUUCUUUGAUGAGGGUCUGGGGCCUCUGGAUGGCAAAGUGAGGCUUGAAGAGUCCCCUAAGUACCAGGAGAUGCUGAGACUCUCCCAGACCCUGUGGCCUGGGAGUGAGCUUUGGCAAGGCCAGCUGGACUUCAGCCUCAGGAAGCUCACUUCGCACCAGGCUCUGCUAGGGACUGAGGACAUCACACCCACCUCCUCCUCCGGUGUGGAUGUGAGCAGUGGUUCUGGAGGCUCAGGGGAGAGCAGUGUGCCCUGUGUUAUGGAUAACACCCUGGCUCCCGAGAAGAGAGAUUUGCCCUUGAAAAUCCCCUCUCAAAGACCUGAUUCCAGGAGCCAGGGGUACCCAGAGCCAAUGAGUCAUUCCACAGUCUCAUCUGUCUCCCAGGUGAGGGCUUGUGCCACCGGUGGGGAGGAGACGGGUACAGGAGGCAGGAAGCAGACAUGGGGCAAUGCCCCAGAACAAUCGGUCCAUAGCACGAUGCUGGAAGGUGAUGCACUGUCAGAAGAAACAGAAGGGAGAGUAAGAGAAAGGCUACAGGAAAAUAGUGUCCAUGGAAAGGAGCUGCCAGAAGAAGGGGCUAGGGUCUGCAGUCAGGAAAUGCUUGCAGCUGGCUCUCAGGAUGGGACAGGUUCACCAGAAGAUACCAGAGUGCCAACAGAUGAAGCAGGAGCUGAUGCAGCCUCUGGAGGACUGUGGCCCCUAGAUGGGAGAGAGGAAUCCACAGAGUCCCCUCAGCAUUUCAGCAAGAGCAACUCAAGGGUUCGUGAGCAUCAAAGCGCUCACAAACUGGAGCUAGGAUUGGAAGAGAUAUCCAGAUUGGAUGCAAGGGACUGCAAGCAAGCCUGCAUCAAGGCCAGCUCAGGAACCAGGGAGAUGACCACAUCCAUAGCUCACAAGGGAUCUCUGGACCCUGACCCAAUCUGGGUGUCCAAGCUGCUGAAGAAGAUAGAGAAAGCCUUCAUGGCUCACCUGGCUGAUGCCACAGCCGAACUCCGAGCCCGAUGGGACCUUCAUGACAAUCACCUGCUGGACCAGAUGGUGACCGAGCUGGAGCAGGAUGUGGGCCGACGGCUGCAGGCAAGCACUGUUAUGGAAGUCAGGAAGAUCCAGAGCCGGGCAGGGAGGAUGGUUCCAGAACCACCCCGGGAAGCCCUCAGAGGCCAGGCUUCUCUACAGACAGAGCAGCGCAGGCGUCGCCUUCAGGGCUUGCGCAACUUCUCAGCUAUCCCUGGCCAGGGUCCCCUCUCCCUCACCCUGGAGGAUGGGCCCACACUCAAAACAGCCUUAGGGACCAAGUCAGGUGCAGGGCCUGCGGAGGAUGAGUUCUGUCCCUGUGAAAUCUGUCUGAAGAAAAAGAGGACCCCUAGAUUCCCAAAGGAUGCUGCAACAGUCUCUGGUGCUCCUGUCAGAAAGGCCUUUGACCUGCAGCAAAUUCUACAGAGCAAGAAAGGAGGAAGCAGCAAUAGAGAGGCCAUGGAGGUGGCCCCUCAGAGGACAGGAAGGAUGUUGUCUCAGGAGGACCUCGGAACUGUCCAGGGAGCUGAUGAGAAGCAAGGGCUGAAAUUGGCACAAGGGCUUAGGGUGGCUGAGGGAGAGGAGGGGGAAGGGAAACAGAGGCUGAGAGCAGAGGAGGAUCCCGAGAUUCUGAAAACAGAAGGAUCUGGUUGCUGUGCACCAGAAGAGGAUGAAGCCACUGAGGAAGAUGGGGAAAUCUGCAUCGGCACUGCCCAAGAAAGCCAGCAGUUAGAGGGGACUGAGAUCGGGAAGGAGGACACCCUGCACCAGAGCUUUAGAGAUGGAGGCACUUUAGAGGCUCCAGCAAGACAGGGUACUCACUCUGUGGAGAUUCAGGGAUCUUCCAGAGAAAGACAGCAGGAGGUAGAAGGAAGAAAUCAAGAUGUAAAGGAAGACAGUCCUUGGGUGAGCUCAGGAGAGAGCCAGGGAAGGGUGGGUUCUGAAAACACCAGCCUAGACCAAGAGGGGAGGCUCCAGAACCACCAUCAAAGGCCAGGUCCCCAGAGCCACCACACAGCAUGCUCCUCCAGGGCAUCGUCUCUGGACAACUGUUCACAGGUGUCUCAGAAAGGCUCAGAUGGAGACUUAACAAGUGGAGACCUCAAGUGCACCAAAGCCAAGAACAGCAGGGUCUUACAUGCAGAGAGGAAAGUCCCCAUGAUGUAUCCAGAAAGUUUCUCUUCUGAGCAAGAAGUCCCCUCCAGCCCAAGGCUUCCAAAGCAAGGGAAAGGGGAAGAUGAAGGAUCAGCUGGAAGCUUGGCUUGUACCCAGGUUGGGGGCAAGGUAGAUGGCUUUGGCCAGGAUGACUUAGAUUUCUAGACAUCAAAUGAUAGGAUGGUAAUGGAGGUGAGAAAUGCCUGCAUACAUGUAUUGCCCUUACACCCAAGAGAGGUCCAGGCCACUGAGGAUGUACAAGGAGCGUGACAAAGACCAAAAAAAAUUGCUGCCUGCCCUGGAACUGCAGGCCUAGCAUCCCUGACACUCAGGAGGCUAAGGAGGAAGAAUAGAAAGUUCUAGACUCGCCCUGGGCUAUAGAACAAGUUCAAAACCCCAGCUUGGACAGCUUAUCGAGACAGUGUUUCAGGCACUGGGAAUAUAGCCCAGUGGCAGAAUGCUUGCCUGGCUUGUGUAUGGUUCUGGGGUCAACCUCUACAGCAACAAGGAUGAAAAGGACCAUGUUGUCCCUGGGAUUUAAAAUUCAAGGCCCUGUACUCACUGUAAAGUAAUAGCUGUGAGCCAGCCAUGUUAUCAGAGGUCAGCCAGUUCCUCUGUCCACACAGCUCAAGAGGAUAGAAGGAUCUGGAAAGAUGCCUUGGGGCUUCCUCCCUGUGUUGGCUUCUUUGUGAGCAAGUAGCUCUCUCUCCCCAUUGAUCUCCUGUUACUUUCUCCUUGGCCUCUCUGGGUAUACUCACCUUUUUUUGACUUUGAGGAACUUUUUUUUGCUGGUUUGUAAUAUAUGUGGUGACUCUGCAGAUGUGCAUACCUGGAAAAAGCAGAUAAAUUCGGGGUCGUUGGAUAAGGUUUGUUCUUAGUCCCGAUGUCUUAGUUUCUGCAACACCACCACGCACCCACAAUUCAUACUAUUUGUAAGGAGAAAAGGGAAGAGCUGUCAGGAAAUGCGAUCUCCCGUUGACCAGGGACCUGAGACAGCUUUGUAAAGUGAUCGGAUGCAAUGCUUUCCAUCGUUAUCUGGAUGUCUCCUAGAGAUUUUUGUAUAUGAUUUACAUACUGCUUUAACAAAUGAUUUAACCUAUGAUUUAACAAAUGUUUAAAUAUAUAUUCAUUUAUCUAA